UAAACCAUUUAUCACUUAAUUUUAACACUAAAACAGCAAUUACUUUUAGUUUUGAAAUAAUUUAACAUUUUCACCUCAAUUAAAUGAGGUAUAUUAUUUUUUUUACCUGUUAAAUAAUAGUUAAAAAUAAAAUGAAAAACCCAUUAGCAAAUGUUGCAUUACUUAAAACAUCGUUUAGAUUUCUACAAACAGCAUUGUUAAGUACCAAGGGUCAUGUGCUAAUCGGCGGAGGAACUGGAUUUAUUGGCAGAAACUUGAAAGAAUUUCUGUUGAGAGAAAACUACAAAGUAACAAUAAUAUCUAGAGUUAAGACUGGAGAGAAACAUAUCAUAAAUUGGGCCGAUUUAAUAAUCCAUGGUGUUUCCAAUGAUGUAACAGCUGUGGUCAACUUGACUGGUGAGCCCAUAAUGGUUCCUUUCAAAGGUUUUGGAAAUAACUUUAAAAAAAAAAUCUGGAUUAGUAGAGUUGGUUCUACUGCGCUACUUACCGAUAUCAUAAAUUCAGCCAAAUGCAAACCUAAUGUGUUUAUAACAAUCACUAAUACUGAUAUAUAUCCAUCAGAUGGAGGAGUUCACACUGAACAAUUUAUUCCUACAGACCAGAUGGUAGACUGUAAUUUCUUCACUAGAUUAGGAACAGAUUGGGAGCAAGCUUCUAAGUAUUUCCCCUUUCGUAAGGUAUCAAUUAGAACAGGAACCGUACUUGGAGACAAUGGUGGAUUUCUCAAAUGUUUGAAAUAUCCCACUGCUAUAGGUUUAGGGACUCAGAUAGGAGACGGAUGUCAGCAACAGCCUUGGAUACACAUCUGUGACUUAUUGAAUCUUAUACUAUUUUCAAUAGAGAAUAAAGAAAUAAGUGGAAUAUUGAACGGAGUAUCACCACAGGGUGCAACUAAUGGAGAAAUAACUACUAUUUACACACAUAUGUUAAAAAAGUCACCAGCGAUGUUAAAUAUACCAAGAAUGUUCUUAAAGACAGCGUUUGGAGAAGAAAGAACAAAAUUAAUUUUGGAAGGAAGAAAAGUAUUACCAACAAGAACUUUAAAAUGCGGAUUUAAAUUUCAAUAUUGUGAAAUCACAGAUGCUAUAAAAAAUUUAUUAGGGCAAUGAAACAAAAAGAAUAUAAUAUUAAAAAAGUACUUACCAUGUCGUGCUUAACAGGAUCAUAAUCUAAUAUAAAAACUCAAGUGAACAUUUUUCGAAAUUCUGUAGUCCAUUAAUAUAAUAUAUCAAUAAAAAACGAUUCGUCUUCACUAUUUUAUUAGAAUUUGAUGGUAGUAGUAACUUAGUAUUUAAAUUGUAGAUAUAACACAAUAUACAUCAUUGGAGUUGUUUGGUAAGCAACAAAUCAAAUAUUUUUUAUUGGAUAAUUUCACUAGAUGAAUAAAAGAGAGCUUAAUACCAGACGGGUAUAUUAAGCCUUUCAUACUACUUUUCUUCAAAUAUACCAUAAAACACUUUUUUUCAAGUAAAAUGGGGCAAAUUGAAGAUAAUAUGACAGAAAUUAACAAAUCAAAUAAAUCCAGCACUAUAACACAACAUUUGCCUAAUGAUAUAGAUGGUUAAUUUAAAAAUUGCCAUGUGUUAUAAUUCAUCACACAUAAAACUAGUAGAAAUUUAGUUUUAAAAACACAUUGAACAGUCUCCAAUCUCCGUAAUUUAUACUUUUUUAACUAUAAUUAAUAACCUCACAUUUUUUUAUUUUUCUGUUUUAGUCUCAGAUACUAUAUAAUGACCUCAAUGUUAUAUUAAAUGUAUGUAAUUGGAUCAAAAUUUGGUGAUACCAAAUUAGUUAAGAAUUUCAUGAAAAAUCGGCAAAGAUCAUAGGUACAGUG